UCUCCCCCAAGAGAAACCCUCACCCACACUCUGCAUAGUGCAUACGGUACACCAAACCCCAAUCGGCAGUUGACCAAUCCCGCCGGGGACGACAUGGCCCGCCGCAGCCGCCGCCGACCUUCCUCAACGCCGCCUCCGCUGGAAGACGACGAUCUCCUCCACGAGAUCCUCCUCCGCCUCCCCCCGCAGCCGCCCUACAUCCUGCGCGCCUCCCUCGUCUCUAAGCGCUGGCGACGCCUUGCCACCGAUCCCAAGUUCCUCCGCCGCUUCCGCGUCCACCACCGGAGGCCUCCUCUCCUCGGCGUCUUCUCAUCAGAUUACAAACGGAACAUUUCGUUCAGAUCCACUCUGGACCCGCCGUACCGCAUCCCUCCCGAGCGCUUCUCCCUGCCACUCGAGCCCUGGCCGAUGCUCGACUGCCGACACGGACGCGUACUCUUCGUUGAGAAGAAGCGGCAUCAGCUCAUUGUGUGGGACCCUAUCACUGACCACUACUGCUUCGUUGCCGGUCCGCCGCUGUUCAAGAUUGGGGUCCUUAGCGGGGCAGUUCUCUGCGCUGCCGCCGACCAGGGACACGUUCAUGGCGACUGCCGCUCGAGCCCUUUUAAAGUGGUCGUGCUGGCCUACGCCAAGCACGAUGAUCAAGAGGCGGGAUGCGUUGCAAGUGUUUACUACUCGGAGACUGGCAUAUGGAGCGAUCUCAUUUCAACAACGCUUCCAUGGAGGCCUGUUGCUUGUGAGUACAGCACAUUUGUUGGUAACGCCGUUCACUGGAUGCUUAUGAGUAGUGGGGGAUUGAGUGAGGGCAUACUUCAGUUUGAUUUGGAUCAGCAGAGGCUAGCUGUGAUCAAUACGCCUCCUGAUGUUCAUUACGAAUUUCACAGUGUUCAGGUCAUUCAGACAGAGGAUGGCGGCCUUGGCUUCGCCACUUUGCUGGGCCCCCACUAUCACCCCCGCUUCCAAAUGUGGGAGGGGAAGGUCAAUUCUCAUGGUGUUGCCAGAUGGGUGUUGCGGAGAACUGUUGAACUGCAGAAGAUUCUUGGAUUGGGGUUUAGGAUUGAGAAGGGGAUGUCAUCUAUAGUGCGCUAUACUGAGGAUGCUCAUGCAAUCUUCUUUUGGGUGCACUCAUUUGUCUAUAUGGCUCAGCUUGAGUCAAUGCAGUCCAAGAAACUAUUUAGAAGCAACGGCGGGUUUUGCACCUAUCGUCCUUUCACAAGUUUUUAUACUGAAGGUAUCAAUGGUUUGAAGCAGAAGUAGUUUACUGGUGUACUGCAACAUGGAAUGCCGACAAUUGUGUAGUGACUAUGACCAUCUAUCGUAGUUGUCAGCUUGCUUGACUUGUAGAAACUAUCCAGUGCUGGUGUGUUAUUUUCAGCUAUCCUAUAUGUAAUCGUCAAAUGAACUCUGAAAUGCCUGGAUAAAUUCGGCAGUGUUGGGUUUCAUUUUUUGUCAAUCUGUUGUAAUCUCUUCCAGUUUGAUGCCAAAUUUAUCUUCAUUUUGGGGUGAUGUAGAGCGA